AUGCCAGGAAGCUCGUUGACACCACAGCGGACGGAAUCUUUUCAGUGGAAACCUUCUUCCAUCGACAUGGGCAAGUUGAGCCCUUGGAGCUUCUUCAGCGAACAAGGAAGAGACCUUCCCCUUCCAAGAGAGACUCGAGGCAUCGACCCAUGUCGCGAACAAGAACCCAGCUUGCUCAUUGCGACGUGUAGAGACAAAGUAAAGUGUGAGCAAACUUUGAAAGUUCUCCGCGAACGCUGCGCUGGAACUCGACCAGCUAGUCUCGAUUCAUGGCCGCUAGAACUGUCUUCUUUUGACAAUGUCCGCUCUUUUGUCGACAGGUUCAAUGCAGAAGGGCCAGAACGUCUGAAUAUCCUCGUCGCCAACGCGGGCACAUUCAAACCAGUUUAUACUCGAACCCAAGAUGAUUGGGAAGUAAUGCUGCAAGUCAACUAUCUCUCAAUGGCCCUUUUGAGCAUUCUCCUUCUGCCUCAUCUACUCCAUUCGGCAACUUGUGACGAUCCAUCCCGACUGGUCUUGGUGUCAAGUUUGGGACAUUAUCUUGCGGAACCCGUGUUGACAGGUUCACGGAAUUGGGAUCACGUAUUAGGAACUAUCAGUGCGGAGAAAUUUAGGGCGUCUGGGAUGUCCAGGUACAACCUGUCGAAGAUGCUCCAGGUCGCGUUCGUACGCGAACUUACUGCCCGGCUUCCUUCUCCCACUCCAUUGGUCAUCACUGCCGUUGACCCUGGGCUUUGCCACUCAUCCUUACAGCGGGAACUUGAGAAGUACUGUCUCUUACGUAUGAUUCUUGCAUUCGUGAAGUGGCUUCUUCGCGCAAGAACAUCGGAAAUGGGCAGUCGUACUCUUGUCUAUGCAGCUCUAGCAACAAAUGCGCAGGAUCUCCAUGGCAAGUAUAUGUCAAGUUGUGAGGUCGUCGAGGAAUGUGAUUACCUAUUGAGUGCUGAGGGCAAAGCGUUCUCAGAGAGACUUUGGUGGGAGACUAUCGAAGUGUUGUCGAAAGUAGUGCCUAGGUCCUGUCACGAGAAAGUGAAUGGCAGCUCUUUUGUCUUAUUUGUCGAGCGGCCUGGCGGUGCCUUGCAGUCUAGCACCGUGCCCCGCAAGUAG